AUAGUCGGAGAAAGAGAGACAGAGACACAGCAGUCAUCAGCCGGCCGGCAGGAGGGGAGUGAAUGGGUCCUGCACGCAAAGCAGAAAAGCGCUGAAACUGCGGAGAUUUACUUUGGUUCAGUUGCCUGCCGCCGACAGCGAGAGGAGGUGUGUGUUUGACAGGCUAAAGAACUGCGAAACCUUCAACUUACAGAUCGUUACAGAGUUGGUCCCUGUGCUGGCUUUUACUUUUUGUGCUUUAGCUGAUGCUGAGAUGAAGCCGAGACCCUCAGGGCGCCUGGCACGUUAAGGUAUCCACAUACACCGGGACGCACGGCGCAUCUCCACUUAGAGAGACGAGGAGAGGGGAGAGAGAGGUCAAUUUGGAGUUCCACACAUGGAUAUUAUAUCUCAAACUUUUUGAGAGUCACGGUAGCCAUAAAUAAUAAUUCUAUUCAUCUUUUUGACUUACACUAAUGGUCGCACCGGAUGAGAGUCGACUUUUUUGGCGUGUUUGUUUGUUUUUUGAUUUUUGGAGGGAAUGUUCUUCAUCACAGCACGGAUAACGGAUCCCUGACUCAGUCUGGCUUUCUUGGCACAUAUGAAGAUCCUAUCCAGGAUGUUACAGUCUAAGCGGCCCAGGCAUCAUUGGGCCACCGUACACUACCAUCACCACAUAUCACCACAUAGCUGGGGGUCCUGCUGUGUCUAGGAAUUAUCUACCCUCCACACUCUGCCUCCGUCUGGGGGAAAAAAAACGGAAUCCUAUCCAAUAAGUGAUUAGUGAACAUUGACAUUGGCUUUACGAGUCUCAUCUCUGGGCUACUAUGCAAUUACAACUGAUCUCCUUUGUUUGGAUCAUCUUGCACUGCAUGGAUUACACUGGUUGUCAGCAGCACAGCAGCUCCAGGCACCGGCCACAUAAACAGAUCUCUGGUGUGAGCUCAGGGUGCCAGCAGGGUGGCUGUCUGACCUGCUCUGACUACAAUGGCUGCCUGUCCUGCAAGCCGCGCUUGUUCAUGCAUUUGGAGAGGAUUGGGAUGAAGCAGAUCGGGGUUUGCAUGACUUCCUGUCCUCUGGGCUUUUAUGGCACACGCUCCCCAGAAAGAAACAUCUGCACAAAGUGCAGGUCGGAGUGUGACUCGUGCUUCAACAAGAACUUUUGCACACGCUGCCGAGCAGGAUUCUACCUUCACCUGGGCAAGUGCCAGGAGAACUGCCCUGAAGGACUGGUCCACAGCGACACACAGAGGGAGUGUGUUCUCAAGUGCCCUGCAGAGUGUGAGUCGUGUGAGAACAGUGAGACAUGUACGCGGUGCCGGCCAGGCCUGUACCAACUCAGUGGGAGAUGCCACGAAGUCUGUCCAGAGGACUACGAGCCCAGUGACAACCUCAUGGAGUGCACAGAAAAAGUGCACUGCAUAGUGGGUGAGUGGAGUGAGUGGAGCCCAUGCCCUCGGCCUGCUAGAAACUGUGGGUUCAAGCGGGGCCAGGAGACCCGCACACGACAGAUUCUCCAGCAACCCUCAACCCAUGGCAACCCCUGCCCAGAUAUCUCAGAGAUCAAAAAGUGCCCGGUCAAGCGGAAGAAAUGUCAAGGAGGACGGAGAAGGAAUGAGCGAAGAGAACGGAGGAAUCGCAACAACCGCAAAGAUAAGGAGAACCAAGAGGGGCGACGGGAGAGGAAGAGAGAGAGGGAGAGGGAGAGAGACACAGGUGAACGUGAAGACUCUGAUAACAGGAACAAAACGGAGCACAGGCAUCGCAGAGGCCAUGAAACAGAACCAGUUUCCCCUGAAGUCGGCCUUGUGCAGUAGUGCUCUGGAAAGACAAAGUCUAGCGCCUCCCUAUCCUCCUCCUGAUAUCAUCCCAUUCUUCCUUCUCCAAAACGCCGCCACCCGCACCCACUGUUCACCCCCCUCGACCCCUCUCUGCAGGGGUGUUGCUGCUACCUGUAUGAUUUGAAUAUAAUGUUUAUGCACAAGCGGGAUGGGGCACAUUCAGCCACAAGGCUUGGGCCACUAUGGACUUUAAAAAGGUUUUUUUUUUGGUACCCUGUAGGCUCUACUCCUUCAUUUCCACCACUGAGAGUGUCUCUAUUGAAAAGUGCAGGAGACACUUCUGAGACUGCUGUUGGGACCGAAGAACAAAGUGAGAAUUUGUCUGACUGUGUGGAGGACUGGCAGGCAGACGGACAGAGAGACAAAGACGUUAUACUAUGUGCUUGUUGAUAUGGUUAUUUAAUGGGGCCCUGGUACAACAUUGCGCGUCUUGGUUUUUGAAUGUAGAUUUUGCAACAUUAUGUAGAACAAUUGUUUAUUAUUGUUGUUCCCGUUCUUUAGAUCUCUUUACUUUAUUUUAUUUGGUGCAGAAUUUGUAAAGAAAAAGUAAAAGUGAGUUUGCUAUUGCCAUCUUGUGACAUCUUCAUAAUCACUGCAAAUGACAGCUGUAGGAGAGCCUGCAUGCUGUGAAUCAAAGGAGUACUGAGGAGAACUGAAAACCAUUAACACGUUUUGUAUGUCUUGGACAAAAGCUAGUUUUAUCCAGAUACGUGAUCAAUCUUAUCUACUAUUGGUUUUUCUUUUUGUGUAAAUGGAAUCUGUGCUCUCAGUAAAGCUCCUUGACUAGGAACCAAAAGCACCUGUAUGUCAAAUAAAACUAUAAUGGGUUUGUA